AUGGACUCUACUACCCUCGUUACUUUUCUCUACAAAUCAAGACCGGAAGUUCGUACUGUCGAGCUCUUUGGCUCUUGGGACAACUUCUCGAGGCCGUAUCGUAUGCAAAGCGAUGGACACAGAGGCCGUGGUGUCUGGACUGGAUGUCAUUCAUUCGAGAACAUCAUCUGCGACGGCGAUCGUAUCAACCAUUUGAGGCCGAGAAAUGGUGCCCUGAGACAAGGAGGAACCUACUGGUACUACUACAAGGUUGACGAUUCCGAGGAAGCCUGUGACACCGCUACAUCAACGACAUACGCCUGCCCGUUGCUACCAGGUCAAAUGGUCAAUGUACUGGAGAUACCCAUCGAAGUCAUCGAAGCCCCUCAGCGAGUCUGUAGCGCCUCGGCCGAUCUCCCAACUACCAUGGUGAUGCCCAUGACCAUCAAUCCCGAAGACAGAUACAAGAAGAUUUACAGCAAGCCGCCGACCAAACUUCCCCGCUACUACUGCUCUAGUGAUGCUCUGAGGGAGAGGUUUGCUUCGGAUAGCAGACUACCCAAGACCUACAGGAUCAGAGAUCGACCUUCCUCCCGUGGCGCCCGAUCGAUCAAGCGUGUUCGUCGUGACGAACCUGAGUAUCAGAGACCUGGUGCCUGUCGGAUCGACGUCUCUAUGGAUGACAUGUCGAGGCUCGCCAACAUUCCUGAUCUGGACCAGAAUAUGAACGAGUUACCUGAGCUCCGACCUUUCGCUCCUUGCCCUAGUGCUUCGCCCGAGGAACGGCCAGUCACAAGAGGUGGUGGUGGACUGUUCACUGAUCUCACCAAAGGCUUGGGCUUUUCCUUCUUUGGUUCGCUCAGACAGCCAAAGAAGAACACUCACCACCUCAGUCAGGACAUCAAUAUGGAAUUCGAUGAUUCUCCGCAACAUAUUCCUCAAUAUGAUGGUACUUACGACGAGCCUCAGAUCAGCCAAUGGCCCCUCAGCCCUCCUUUGUCCGAACUUGCCGAUGAGGAAAACUGGCCCCUACCACCUCUGAACUGCUUCAGACCAGCCUCUUCGCAUACACCUCUUCACGGCCCAUCAACACCAACAUCCGCCAUCCCCAUCCUCAAUCUCAACAACCAACCUCAGACUCAACAUCCAAGCAACUUCCCCCAGCAACACUUCACAUCGCCAGCACUUUCCUCUUCAAUCACCUCAGACGACUAUCACCCCGGCUUCGGACCCAGUAAAAGCAUACCCGGAAGCUUCGACAUGGCCUCGCCCACGUUCUCAGCCGACACACUCGACUCUUCCUUCUCUUCCAGCCUCACAACACCAGAUCAUUUCCGUCUGAGCUUCAACCUCGACGCCUCUAACCAUGGGCCCCAAGACUCCGAACUCACCGCCUCCAACUUCUCCACCGGCUUGGAAGAUUUGAGUAACCGUCUCUCGGCUCUCUAUACAUCUCCACCCUCUUCAUCAGCCUACGACGAUGACUUUGGUGACUGUGGAGAGCAAGAGAACAAGAAAAUAGAUUUUCUCUCUUUCCUCCCGCAGCGUGCAGCACCGCUGUAUCUCCAAAACGUACAAGCUCGCCGUUCCAGAAGCAGCAGUGAUUACGAAAAAUCGAAUGGAAGCUGUUUGACACUGAAAUCGGUCAAGAGCACUACAGCCAGAGGAGAAAGACCAUUUUCGCUGUGUUUGCCUGUUACGGCUGGGGAGUGGGAUGUUGGUGAGGAGUUUUCUAGCGAUGUGUUGGGGGCUUUGGGAAUGGUUUGA